GGGGGCGGAAAUUGCCGAGGCGGUGUCCGGGGAGGGACGGAAACAGCCGAGCCGCCGCCAUCCAGGCCCUGCGAGCUGGAGUUGCCGCAGUGGUCGUAAGUGCUGCGCCGCGCCGCGCGGCCGCUACUCCGUCGCCCCUCAGCGGCACGAGCACCAUGCUGCGACUACCUGCUGUCCGCAGGGCCCUAGCUGGUGUCACUCAGUCCAGCAGAGGAUGUGUGCGUGGAACAGCAGCAACAGCAGCAGCCAGCAACCAAAUAGAGGUGUUUGUUGAUGGGCAGCCUGUGUUUGUGGAUCCUGGAACCACAGUGCUUCAGGCCUGUGAAAAGGUUGGAAUUCAGAUACCUCGCUUUUGUUAUCACGAUCGGCUGUCUAUUGCUGGAAACUGCAGGAUGUGCCUUGUGGAAAUAGAGAAAGCCCCCAAGCCAGUUGCUGCUUGUGCUAUGCCGGUAAUGAAGGGUUGGAAUAUACUGACAAAUUCCGAGAGGUCCAGGAAAGCAAGAGAGGGAGUAAUGGAGUUCCUGCUGGCAAAUCACCCAUUGGAUUGUCCAAUCUGUGAUCAAGGAGGAGAAUGUGAUUUACAGGACCAGUCAAUGAUGUUUGGCAGUGACAGGAGCAGAUUUAUGGAAGGGAAACGUGCUGUUGAGGACAAGAACAUUGGCCCACUAGUCAAAACAAUCAUGACUCGAUGUAUACAGUGCACUCGGUGUAUCAGGUUUGCUAAUGAGAUUGCAGGUGUAGAUGAUUUGGGAACGACAGGAAGAGGAAAUGACAUGCAAGUUGGCACUUACAUUGAGAAAAUGUUCAUGUCAGAACUAUCGGGAAAUGUCAUUGAUAUCUGUCCAGUAGGAGCACUUACCUCCAAGCCAUAUGCCUUUACUGCCCGUCCAUGGGAGACAAGAAAGAUUGAGUCCAUUGAUGUUCUUGAUGCAGUUGGAUGUAAUAUUGUAGUGAGCACAAGGACUGGAGAAGUAAUGAGAAUUUUGCCAAGGUUGCAUGAAGACAUUAAUGAGGAAUGGAUCUCAGACAAAACAAGGUUUGCUUAUGAUGGUUUGAAACGCCAGAGGCUUAUUCAGCCAAUGGUCAAGAAUGAAGAAGGGCUGUUUGUAUAUUCCUCAUGGGAAGAUGCGCUGACUCGUGUUGCUGGAGUGCUGCAAAGUUUCCAAGGUAAGGAUGUUGCUGCAGUUGCAGGAGGACUGGUGGAUGCAGAAGCAUUGGUAGCUCUAAAAGAUUUGAUGAGCAGAGUAAAUUCUGACACACUCUGUACUGAAGAGGUCUUCCCUACUGCUGGAGCUGGCACAGACCUUCGCUCUAACUACUUGCUUAAUAACAAGAUUGUGGGAGUGGAGGAGGCAGAUAUCCUGCUUCUGAUUGGCACCAAUCCACGCUUCGAAGCACCACUGUUUAAUGCCAGAAUUCGAAAGAGCUGGCUUCAAAAUGACCUGAAAGUGGCUGUUGUGGGAAGUGCAGUGGACCUAACCUACACAUAUGAUCACCUGGGAGAUUCUCCACAGAUACUUCAGGAUAUUGCUUCAGGAAAACAUGAAUUUGCCAAGGUCCUUAACCAGGCCAAAAAACCAAUGGUGGUCGUUGGCAGUGCAGCUCUUCAGCGCAGUGAUGGAGCAGCUAUCCAUGCAGUAGUUUCUACCAUUGCACAUAACGCCAGGACAAAAAGUAGAGUUGGUACUGACUGGAAAGUAAUGAACAUCCUUCAUAGGGUUGCAAGCCAAGUAGCAGCUUUGGAUUUGGGUUUCAAACCAGGAGUAGAUGCAAUUCGGAAGAAUCCUCCCAAAGUAUUAUAUCUCCUGGGGGCAGAUGAAGGUUGCAUAACACGUCAAGAUUUGCCAAAGGAUUGUUUCAUCAUUUAUCAGGGACAUCAUGGUGAUAUCGGUGCUCCCAUGGCUGAUGUUAUUCUACCAGGUGCAGCUUACACAGAAAAGUAUGCGACGUAUGUGAAUACUGAGGGCCGAGCCCAGCAGACAAAAGUAGCAGUAACCCCACCUGGCAUAGCCAGAGAGGACUGGAGAAUUAUUAGAGCAGUCUCCGAGCUGGCUGGUAUGACUCUCCCGUAUGAUAACCUUGAUCAAAUAAGGAACCGAUUGGAGGAAGUGUCUCCUAACCUGGUCCGAUAUGAUGAUGUAGAAGCAGCAAAUUACUUCAGCCAAGCAAAUGAGCUGUCCAAGUUAGUGAAUCAACAGCUUCUUGCUGACCCUCUUGUUCCACCCCAGCUCACAAUUAAAGACUUCUAUAUGACAGAUCCAAUCAGUAGAGCAUCCCAGACAAUGGCCAAGUGUGUGAAAGCUGUUGUUGAAGGUGCUAAGGCAGUAGAAGAGCCAUCUAUCUGCUGAAGAAAAUGAUCAUGUCACUCCCAAACAAGUUCUGGCAGUAUGUUGCUAUGACUAAUGUUCAACAAACACCUUUAAGUGAUGCUGUAGUAUGUUUUAGAUUCAUAUCUUCAAAAAUAUAGUACACAUAACUUAAUAUUUUCAGGAUGUUGUCACUGUGUGUUGUGUGCAGUGUUUAUACCUAGAAACACUUUAUGCAGCCAUUGACUGUACAAACAUAGUAUGAUGAUAAAACAUUUAAUACCUA